UCGGACACAUUUCAGUGUUACACAAGAUGUGUUCACGUUUCGAAAACAUUGAAGAACCACAGGAAGAACGUUAUUCUGCCUGCCGUUUCAAAUAGUUUACGAAAAAGGUGUCUACAUUUGAUAGAAAGCAUUACUUGAUAUACAUCAUAACCUAAAACAUGCCUGUGGGUAGUAAAAAGGGAAGCGUUAUAUUUUCAGGCUUCAGAGCAUUGGGACUGUAUUCGAAUCACCUCUCACACGUGGUACGGUACCACAAGAAACAUCGAGAAUUCUACAUUGUAACAGCCGUGGGAAACUGUUUCCACACGUACAAUGUCAAGAAACUUGGAAUCGUUGCUGUCAGUAAUGCACUUCCAGAGGACAUAUCAUACCUAGCAGCUGAUCGGAUGCUGGUCUAUGUUGCAACUGGUAAAAAAGUAUCAGCGUUUGCCAGGAACAAAGAGGUUGUUCACAUGUACACCGGCCAUGGAGCUGAUGUUCACCUCCUGCUGCCUUUUGGGGAUCACAUCAUUUCUGUAGACCGGGGCAAUGCUGUCAUUGUUUGGGACGUGGAGUCAGAGGAGGAGUACCUGCAGAUAACAUUUGACAAAGUGUCAUUUGAAGUGUCUGCCAUAAUGCACCCAAGCACUUACCUGAACAAGAUCCUGUUUGGGAGUAGCCAAGGAGGUCUCCAGCUCUGGAAUGUCAAAUCGAACAAGCUUCUGUACACCUUCACUGGAUGGCCAUCAGGAGUUACAGUGCUUCAGCAGACCCCAGCUGUGGACGUUGUGGGUGUUGGCCUAUCAUCGGGUCAGAUCAUCAUCCACAACAUCAAGUUUGAUGAGUCACUGAUGAAGUUCCAGCAAGACUGGGGCCCAGUCACUUCCCUUUCCUUCAGAACAGAUGGCCAUCCAGUAAUGGCGGCUGGUAGUCCUGUUGGACAUAUUGGGCUGUGGGAUCUGGAGGAGAAGAAGCUUGUUUGUCAGAUGAGAGAUGCCCACAACACAGCUAUCGCUGGAUUGACAUUCCUCCAUGGCGAACCUCUUCUCAUCACCAAUGGGGCUGAUAACGGCAUUCGGGUGUGGAUCUUUGACACGGCGGGCGGAGGAGGCCGUCUACUCAGGAGUCGUCUGGGACACAGCGCCCCGCCCACUAAGGUCCAGCACCACGGCCUGAACGGACAUCACAUUCUCAGUGCUGGUCAAGAUGGUACUCUGCAGUCGUUCUCCACUGUUCAUGAGAGAUUCAACAGGAGUUUAGGACAUGGUUCCAUCAACAAGAAGAAAUCCAAAAAGAAAAGCUUGAGGUAUGACAAACUAAAGCUUCCUGCCAUCACCACUUUCGCCUCAGAGAGUGCCCGUCAGAGUGAUUGGGACAGUAUAGUGGCGUGUCAUCGAGGGUACCUCAUGACGACCACCUGGAACUAUCAGAAGGGCAGCAUGGGAGCACACAAGCUGGAGCCCGAACGCUUCAACAAGAACCGCGCUCUCAGCGUCCAUGCUACGGCGGUUGAUAUCACGUCAUGUGGUAACUUCGUGGUGGUAGGACUCUCAUCUGGACAUAUUGACGUUUACAACAUGCAGUCUGGCAUGCAUAGAGGUCAAUAUGGAGAGGAUGAAGCUCACAGGGGGGCGGUGCGCGGCGUGUCGGUGGAUGGACUCAACCAGCUGACCGUGAGUGCCGGAGCUGACAAACUGGUCCACAUCUGGAAGUUCAAAUCUAGGAAGCUGGUCCACUCCAUUGACCUGGGCACCACGCCCGUCACCACACACCUGCACCGGGACAGUGGUAUGUUGGCCGUAGCGCUGGACGACUUCACGCUCAAUGUUCUGGACAUGGAGACCAAGAGGAUUGUCCGCAAGUUCUCUGGCCAUCGAGGACAGGUCAAUGACAUGGCUUUCAGUCCAGACGGUCGCUGGUUGAUAACGGCAGCCAUGGACUGUACUAUCAGGACAUGGGACCUUCCCUCCGGCUGCCUGGUAGACUGCUUCUUGGUUGACUUUGCUGCAGUCAGUCUGACCAUGUCACCCACAGGGGACUUUCUAGCCUCCUCCCAUGUCGACAACCUGGGGAUCUACUUAUGGUCCAACAACACGCUGUGCGGUAUGGUGUCGUUGCGUCCCCUGCCUGCAGAUUACGAGCCCACCGUGAUCAUGCUGCCAGGAACCUGUCCCGGCCAAGAUGAAGAGGGAGAGGGAGAUGCUGAUCUCAACACUGAGAUGAUAGAGUAUGAGUCUCCUGAGCAACUGGACGAGCAGCUGGUCACCCUCUCUAUGCUUGCCGACUCUCGCUGGAAGAACCUUCUGCACCUCGACAUCAUCAAGAAACGGAACAAACCCAAGGAGCCCCCCAAGGUUCCAAAGGCUGCCCCCUUCUUUAUGCCCACCAUCCCAGGACUAAUACCACAGUUCGCCCCCUCUGAAGACUCCAACCAGGGGGAACAGUCAAAGAUUGUGAAUUUUGGAGUCCUGGCACAGAAGUCCCAUUUCUACCAACAGCUAGAAUCUGCUAUGCUCAGCAACAAAUAUAAUGGCCCUGUGGGGAUGCUGAAAGAGAUGGGUCCGUCUGGAAUUGAUGCUGAGCUCCGAGGCCUAGCCCCUGAUAUGGGUGGAGAUGUCUCCGUCUUACAAGGUUUCCUGAAGAUGGUGGCUAGCAUGCUGGACUCCAAGAGAGACUUUGAUUUGGCACAGGCCUACCUGGCUCUCUUCCUAAAGCUACAUCUUAGACUGAUCUCCCAGGAACCAGGGCUGAUGGAGGAGGCAUCUAAAGUAUCAGAGAAACUGGAGGAGACGUGGACAUCCAUGCAGACACUUUUCAAUCAGAGCCUGUGUUUGCUGUCAUACACCAAGAGUGCACUGCUUUGAAGUGGACCUCUCCCAAUGUCGUUUUUCACCAUAACUUUUAUGUUUAAAUCUCUAUACAGUAUUCUCGGCGCAAGUAUCACAGUUGAUGCAAGACAAAUUGGUCACAUUUUACGUGAAGUGCUCUCAUGCUUUUGUAAUGGUCUAACAAAAUAUGAAGUUCAAUGAAACCACGGUUGACCGAAACCUGAUGUAACCGUUUAAAAUAAACAACAUGAUUGUUA